AUACGUCAUAACUCAUUGUAGACUUUUUCUAUUAUAAAUCUAUAUUAUAUAUAUAGUAAGUAAACGUGUUCCACUGUAAUUGGUAAAUAAUGGUAAUGCAAGGCGGGGUUCAUGUUCAAGUUCAGGUGGGGGCAUUUUUUGAAGUGGUCAUUUCUUUAAAAAGGAGGCGGGGGUUCCGGUCAUUUUAACACCAGGCUAAAGUGACUCACGGGACUACGAAUAAAGACCUAUAUAAGGUGCUCGAUAUAACGAACGGAAGACGGACAUAAGUAUCCCUGAAGUGGAGAUCAUGCUUAGGCUUAUGUCUGUGAUUCUCCUGAGUCUGUGCCUAAGCGGCGGCGCGCAGGGCGUCGGCGGCGGCGCUGCUCUGGUCAGAGACUAUGGGGUGAAGCUGUGCGGACGGGAGUUUAUCAGAGCCGUGAUCUUCACCUGCGGAGGGUCCCGGUGGAGACGCACGGGCGCCGGCGGCGGGGGUAAGCGGGAGCCCGCCUUAAGGCAGCCUCCCUUCCCGGAGAGACCAUACAGUGACCCAUCAGACACUGAAGGGAACCUGUCCUGGCCUCAGGCCGUAUCGGCAGAGCACCCCAAUAGGCCUGCCUUCUCCCUCCUGGAUGUUCUCAAUGUGCUGGGAAUCUCGAAUGACCGCGACCCCGAGGAAGCACUGGACUCAAACGAGAUCGGUGUGAGCCAAGCAAGGAGCCGCAGUACACCCUGGGCGUACCCUAACAGACGGAAGAGGAACUUUUCCUUGGGCUUGGCGGGGAUGUGCUGCAACCUGGGCUGCACCAAAAAUGACAUCGGCCGUUUGUGCUGAAGCGGGACGUGCUGGCGCGGUGGAGCCCUGUGCCAAGAAGCCAUUCUUACGCUCUCAAAUUCAUUCAUUCCUUUUUUCUUUACUUUAAAUAAUCAGGGAAGAUUGUAGUAUUAAUGCAAUGUCUCCAGAAUGUAUCCAAUUUAGACAUUUUUUUGUUCAGUUAACAAAUAUCAAAUGUAUAACUGUAAUCCUUCAGUUGUAAUUUAUAGUACAAAUAUCAAAUGUAUUAUUAAGACAUCGGAGUGUCAGAGAGCUGAAGCACCCUCCUCUUCUGUACAGACGAAUAAAAAGCUUUGUCCUGUAAAACCUGCCACAUUGUAUCCGGAUGACUGAUGUCACACGGCCUUGGGGAGCAUCUGAAUGAAUUACGAUGAGUAACCAAACCCAAAGUCAUGAUAAAUGUAAACGUUUAUAAUUAUUAAAUAUCAACAAGAAAUGGCUCCUGAGAAUGUACGGCUUUCUGUUGCCUCCCACUGUACAAAAAGACAGCAGCCAGAAAUCAAAACACAAACUGGCUCCGUUUUUGAGAUUCAUGACAUAAAGGCCUAGUUUUUAAUUUACAAGGCUUUGUACUGUACUGGAAUCAGGUACACUGCUCUAUAUUGUCCAGCUACACCUAAGUUUCUGCAACUAGACAAAUAUUAGAAAAUAUAAUUAAUAGAAGUCAGCCAUCCUUGGCUAAUAUUAGGAUGCAUAUACAGUAGCUGGAACAAUGUUUUCCCUCUGCUGUGUCAUCACAUGCAGCUUGCAUAUUAUGGCCAGUCCCAGGUCAGACCCGGCUGUAGAUCCACUGAGCAAAGUAUUUCACCUGAAGUCCUUCAGUUGUUCCAAUGUGUAAACUUAACACUUUGCCAAGGUUCUGAAUUAAUCAAAAUUGCACAGCCGCAAGUGUGGAUUUCUCAGUUUGCUAACAGCUUAAUCUCGUUCACUGCUCCCCACAGACAAUCCACAUUCAGAUCUUGAGAAUACAUUCUGGAAGAACAUUCCAAACAAUAAGUCAUUGUGCUGCAAAGUUAAGCCAACAGUGCAGGAAUUUAAUGCCACCAAUUUCAC